GUGUGUUUUCAUGGGUUACUGUCUGGAUGACGAGAAAAGGCACGAGUGGCAGGGUCCCUUUUCCAUGCCAUGCAAGACUUGCUCCCCAGCACUUGAAUUAGUGCCUCAGGGAGCAGGAUGGAGGCAGGUGACAGGGAGAACCUGGAAGCCAGAGAGGAGGGUCAGACCCAGAGGGGAAGUGAAAGUCUGAGUAGGUGUCCAGGGUUGAGGGCGGAGACUCAGGGAAGGUGUGUGUGUUGAGAAGGAAGUCAGAAGAGAGGGGCUGCGUGUGGGGAGGUUUGUGAGAACAGACGCCAAAGACCCACUUUCCGAGAGAAAGAAAGAACAUCUGCACAUAAGAUGCUGUUGUUGCAACUGGUCUUGCUCACGGUUCUUGUCCCAGGUGGUGACAGUGACGACGACUUCCAGGAGCCAAUCACUUUUCGAACCAUCUUGACAGCAUCCUUUUACAACCAUUCGUGGACACAAAAUCUGGGCUCUGCUUGGCUGGAUGGGCUGCAGACUCAUGGCUGGGACAGCAAGACGGGCACUUUCAUGUACAAGCGGCCUUGGUCCAAGGGCAACUUCAGCGAGAAGGAGCUGAGGGAAGAGGAAAGGACAUUACAGACAUUCUCCAUGAUUUUUCCUUUGAUAUUUCAGAACCAUGUUCGUCAAUGGCAACUUGAAUAUCCCUUUCAGGUACAGGUGGCAAAAGGCUGUGGGCUACAUGUUGGGGAGCCAUCAGUAGGCUUCAUGAAGAUUGCAUAUGAAGGAUCAGAUCUCGUGAGCUUCCAGAACACGUCAUGGUGGCCAUCUCCGAAAGGAGGAAGGAGGGCUCAGCAGGUCUCCAAACUAUUCAAUCAGUACCAUGUGGUCAACUUAAGAAUACGAGCACAUAUUAUUGACAUCUGCCCCCGUUUCCUCUUGGGUCUUCUAGACGCAGGGAAGGCAGAUCUCCAGCGGCAAGUGAGGCCAGAGGCCUGGCUGUCCCCUGGCCCAAGUCUGGGGCCUGACCAUCUGCUCCUCGUGUGCCACGUCUCUGGCUUCUACCCAAAGCCAGUGUGGGUGACGUGGAUGCGGGGUGAGCAGGAGCACCAGGGCACCCGACGAGGCGAGGUCUUGCCCCAUGCUGACGGGACAUGGUAUCUUCAGACGUCCUUGGACGUGGAAGCCAGAGAGGCAGCUGGCCUGUCUUGCCGAGUGAGACACAGCAGUCUAGAAGGCCGGGAUAUGGUCAUCUACUGGGAGCAGCACCGCCCCGUGGGCUUGGUCUUCCUGGCGGUGGUCGUGCCCCUGGUGCUUCUGGCAGGUCUUGCCUCCUGGCUCUGGAAGCGCCGGAAAUCACACGAGACACCUCAGUGUACUGGCCUCCCUUUGGAGUGAGAUCCCGGCAGCCCAGGACCAGGACGUCCCUAAACCCAGCUCAGUGGUGAUGGACCAGCAAGUCUCUAUGUGACUGUUGUCUUUCCUUUCUGCUCAGUGAUCAGUUGUCAAGAUGAGUUAAGUGUAAUUUAGGGGGAUUUGUUGUUCUGACCUGACUCUGGGACUUAAAUCUCAAAAUUAUCUCAGAGUAUAAUGAAGUCCCAGCAACGUCCAUGCGUCACAGGCAUCAGACAUCACUUCCUCCAGUGAGCCGUCCCUUAUUCAUAACUGGAAGCAGUCUUUGCUUGGUGAGAAUUAGCACCGCAUUUUCCUGCACUUGGCAAAUCUAUUCCUGACCCCCAGCCCUUGUUGCCAACAGUUAGGGUCCUUUCCCUUCUAAUUCUUAGGACUUUAGAGAUGAGGUCCAUGUCUUUUUAAUAUUUGUAUCCUUGGCAAGGAGCCCCACUGCAUGGAAUAUGUCCUCAAUAAAUACCUGUGUUGAAUUUA